AUGGAUUCCAACAUUUACAAGUGCCUUCAGCCUGGCUUAUCGAUUAAUAUUGAGCGCAGCAAUGUUGCCUGUCAUUUUCUUGUGCUUCCUCUUAUCCAGGUAUCUCAGGCAGCUGCAGAGCUUCAGCAGUAUUGUAUGCAGAACGCUUGCAAAGAUGCUUUGCUUGUUGGAGUUCCAGCUGGAAGCAACCCAUUUCGAGAGCCCAGGUCCUGUGCGUUGCUCUGAAGACGGGGAAGGUUUCCUGAAAAUCCUCAAGUACAAGAAGAAUCCCAGCGGUCUUCCGUGUUUUCCAAACCGACAGUUUCUUUAUGUAGGGCUUAAACAGUUUCUUUAGAUAUUUAUUAGUCUGCUUGACUGUCUUAGUAAAUGGUUAAAUCUUUUGCUAAUGUAAAGCAUUUUAUAAGGAAACGUUUUUCCUUUUGUAAUUGAUUCAAUAUCCUUUCUUUAAUUCUCUGAGGUGUUUACAUUUAGAAAAGGACAAUGCCAAUGAUGUGUUUCUAUUGUGCCUGAAUGAAACACGCGCCAGGUACUUCCCUAUUAUCGGCUUUCUAUUUUCUACUCAGAGAUGUUUUCAAGCUGUUUUGAUCCAGGCAAAGUUGGCCACUUAAGGCUACAGUUUUACACACAUUUGUUACUUUUGAAUCAACGUGAAAUAUACUAGGAACUAUAGCUCCUAGUUAGUGUUACAGAAUUUCUAAAAUUGGAGCUCCCUAAAAAAUACCUUGCAUUAGUUGGAGUAUAUCCAGCUUGUUAAAAAGAAAAGUGCUUCUCUGUUCCAGUUGGUUGAAAUGAAGAAGAUGCACUUCAUAUUUAAAGGCAUUUACUAUAGCUCCCUUGAGUGCCCAAGCCCCAAUUUUACUAAGAAAUAUAAUCUUGCUGUUCAGCUUUCCAGUGGAUUAGGAACAGUGGUGGGCUCCUGCCAGUUUAACAGCCGGUUUGGUGAUCAUGCGCUCUGCGCGUGCACGCAGUUUUAAGAAUACUUAACUUCUGCAUUACUGCUGGGGAGUAACACAGCUGAGGCGCAGCAAUCUGCUCUGCCACGUGAAUCAACUGAGAAGAUAUAGGUCAGUAUAGCGUGCAGGGGGGCAGGCAGGCCCACCUGAUCAUCUGAGUGAACUGGUUCACCCCCAGCUGACCGUUGGAGCUACCAGUUUGCCUGAACCGGUCCAAACUGGUACAAUCCCGCCCCUGAUUAGGAAGGACAGUAAUGUAUUCGGAGGGUUGAGAGGUACAAGAAGAACCACAUCAUAAAUCACUUUCCCAUUUAAGCUGUGCACAGUCACCCAUUUUGCAGCUAAAUAGAACUGGGAACUGCCAAGGAUUGAUAAACCACUCCUCAUGCCAGUAUGCAAGAGGGGAGGAUUGUGCAGUGAGAUUAAGGUGCAGGGAGGAGAGAUUGAAGAGCUUAGUUCACUGAGAUCAGGAAGGAAGAGUAGGAGAGGACCCACGAACUUUGGCCAAGUCUACUAAUCACAUGGCUCCUGACCCUUUAGUACAUACAGUCCUUGGGCCUGCAUAUUCACUACCGAAGAUCUCUUCUUUGUCUCUGUGCUUUCACAUAAAAUAGUUACCUUGCAGAAAAAGCCAGCUAUUUGAGACAUUCCAAUGUCACAGACUCCAAAGAAUUUUAAACCCUGCCAGAUGUCUGCAAGCCUUAGGAAAGGAAAGGAAAAUUGGCCUUUUCCCCACCCUCUAUUUUUAUUUUUAACCAUUCCCUUCUCAUGGAUGAAAAGAUGCUACAGUACAGGAGAGAAAACACUUUACGUAGAACAGGAUGAAUUUGGACAUGUAUUAAAAGAGUGUGAAAAGAAACUUAAGAAUCAAUCAAUUUAUACUGGAUAUCUGCAUCAAGAUGCUUCAUUUCUUUGCUGAUGUUGUCUCCUGCUGAAGUUACAAAAUCUAUUACUCAGUUUCAGAGAGGGACAAAUAAAUUUAGGCAAUCUACAGGCAAAAUUUUCCUAGCAUUUGCAAUAUUAUUGGAACAAUUCACCUUUUUUCGUGGGUCAGGUAUCUUUGAUUUUGGAUUACCAAGCACUUUUAUACACGCUGUUUACUUUUUAAAAGAAUGUUCUUUUUGGUUUGUAUUAAUAUAUUAAAAGCUUUAAAAAAUA